GUUUCUUGCUUUAGAAUGCUGGUCACUUUCUAGGAAAAAAAAUGUUUGCUUGGUUGCCAGAUAUGGGAGAUUUCUACAGCUGCACAUGCAUAUGUGUAAGACAGUGUAGUAUUGAUUAGAGGAGUGUGUGAACCAUGCAGUGUAGUCUACUCAUCCCACCAAUAUAAUUGGCAGAGGAUAAAUAUCUGCACACCUCAAUCCUAGGCUCAGGUACCUAAAAAGACUGACAAGUGCCAGCUGGGAUUAAUUUUAAUUAAUAAAAUAAAAUUGAUUUCAUUUUAAUUAAUUUAAUUUCUUGUUUAAACCUUUUGGCUCAUAGCAACUCUUAUUUUUUAACACUUAAUCUGUCCUAGUCAUAGUGAUACUAGUAUUAAAAUUUAGAAAAUCAAGUUCCUAUACAAGUGAAGAUAAAAAGUAUCUGGUUUCACUCUAGUGAACUUACCAAGAGCUUGAACUUUCAAGUGCUAUCUCUGAAUUUGAAGCACCUUCCCCUGUGAAAGCUCUGCCAUCUCUCAGUUUUAUUUCACAUGAGCAAGGCUUUCAGAUUACCAGCCUCAGACUGUUCUGCUUCAUUGUAAGCAGCCUUUUCUGGGGAAUAAGUGUACAUUUCUACAUCUUCAGAAUAGUGUCGUUCUGGAUGGCUUUUCGGCAGCUGUCUGCUGAAGCUGAUGGCUGCAGAAGUAAAUGGCUGCUGACACAAUUGCUGCUAUGGAAAGAUUAGCUAGCGAGGGUUGAGGCACACCCUACUAAGCAGUACUUUGCAGUAGGAGAAAAAGGAAAGAAGCCAAACCUUAUCAUCUACAAAUAUCCUUCACUGAGGCCCUACAGAAUACUUCAAGGUGGAACAGAGAAAGCCUAUGUUUUUGGUGAUUUCAACCGUGCUGGCACUUUGUUGGCCACUGUUGGGAGCAGCCCUGACUACAUGCUGACUAUUUGGGACUGGAAACAAGAAGAGAUUGUGUUGAGGUCAAAAGCUUUUGCACAGGAUGUUUACAAGGUCAGAUUUUCUGCUGAGAAUGAAGAGCAUCUAACUACAUCUGGAUCAGGACACAUCAAGUUCUGGAAGAUGGCUCUCACAUUAACUGGUCUCAAGUUACAAGGAGCUUUGGGCAGGUUUGGAAAAACAGCAGUGUCCGACAUUUUAGGUUUUGUGGAGCUCCCCGAUGGGAAGGUUGUCUCAGGAACUGAGUGGGGCAACUUGCUGCUUUGGGAAGGGGGCCUCAUUAAAGUAGAGCUCUGUCGAGAGGGACACCAGCCCUGUCACCAUGGCCCUGUCAACCAGUUAGUUCUUGAGGAGGGAGAACUUAUCAGCGUUGGAAAAGAUGGGUUCAUUCGGGUGUGGAACUUUGAGAUAAUAGAUGGUGCUGAUUCUGUGGAUGAGACAGGGUUACUGGAGGUGGAGCCUAUGAAUGAACUUUGUGUUGGCAAGAAUGUCAGCCUGAAUUUCAUGUCAAAAGUUCAGGACCAGGGACAGACUGUUUGGUAUGCUCAGGAUACAAAUGGAGCAAUCUGGAAGCUGGAUUUGACUUUUUCAAAUAUGACCCAUGAUCCAGAGUGCCUGUGUACCUUUCACUCUGGGAGGGUUGAGGCCAUCAGUGUCUCUCCCAUUACAUACCUUAUGGCUACCACAGCUCUUGACCGGUCAGUGCGUAUCUAUGAUUUCAGCAGCCACACUGAACUGAGUGAAAUUAAGUUUAAACAGGGAGGAACAGCGCUGACAUGGGCACCAUAUGUUGUAAAUCCUGCAGGAGGUCUAGUUGCUGUGGGGUUUGAAGAUGGUGUUGUCCGCAUAAUUGAAGUUUAUGAUCCCAAACUACUGCCUGGUCGUGCAGAACAGGCCAGUACAGAGAAGGCAGAGAUAAAUCUGAAACAGGCUUUCAAACCUCAUUCUGCUGCAGUUACAGCCUUGGCAUAUGAACGAAAUGGAGAUGUGUUUGCCACAGGGAGUAAAGACAAAACAGUUUUCUUUUUUGCUGCUAAAGAUGAAUACAAGCCAGUUGGAUUUAUCUGUGUCCCUGGGCCUGUACAGGCAUUACAGUGGUCUCCACCUUCUCAUGAGAAGAGCACACUGCUCAUCCUUUGUGAGAAUGGCUUUGCUGUCCAGGUUCCUGCCCCUCUCCCUGGGGAACAGGAUACAGUGACAACCUAUCAAAUUAAAAACCUGCCAAUGCAAUACUUCCAUUUUUAUAGUAUCAAAUCCCGAAUCAAGCUGGAAGAGGAGAUUGCAAGGAGAGAGGAAAAAAAGAAGGAGAAGGAGAGGGCAAGGCUUCAAUGGAUAAAGGAGCAAAAGGAGAUGGGACUUGAGAUAGAACAAGAACCUGAACAGGAACCCGAAGAAGAGCCAUUGCCACCUCUCUACGUACCAGAGGAACCCAGUCCCAUCCUCUGUGGUUUUUAUUCAACACCAGGAAAAUUUUGGCUUUCCUUGGGUGGGUAUGACUCAGGAUUUCUCUAUCAUUGUGAAUUCUCACAUGAUCAUGAAGAAGACCCUGAAAACAGGAAAGAUGAACCCUUUGAAGUGAUUCCAAUUGAGGACACUGACAACAAUCCCAUUCACCAAAUCUCCUUCUGUGCCAGCAGUCCACUGAUGUUUUUUGGGAUGCAGGAUGGCUCAGUGCGUGUUUAUCCUCUCCCUAAAAAAGACCUCUCAGUGAAUACCCUGAAGAAAUACUGGUCCCUCAAUGUACAUGACAAUGAUGAUGGCCAGAUCCAGGGGAUCUGUUCUAGCUAUGAUGGUAGGUUUCUGAUUACCUGUGGUGGAGAUGGAAACAUUUUUACAUUCGACAUCUUGUCAACGGAGGACGUUCCCCUAGAGCGAAAAGCCGAAAUCCCCUUUCCAAGGAUUGGUCUUGAGAAGGAGAAGGCUGCUGAAGACAUUGAGGAUCCUGAUGCCUACAAUAUUGAGGAAGUUAAGCAGAAAAAGGAGUCUGAACGGAUAAUGAAGGAAGCUGAAGAAAAGAAAAAUAAGAAAAGACAGGAGAUAAUUGCACUGAGACAUGACUUUGUUUUUCUCCUUCAAAAGAAUCAGGAGUUGCCCAAGCACAUGCAGCUGCGCAGAGAGGAGUAUGAGAUGGACCAUAGGAUCUUUGAGGAGCUGGAUAGACAGAAAGCACAGAGAAUCCAGUCAGUGCAAAAGGAGCUGGCUUGGGAGCAUGAGAAACAGUUGACUGGACUGCAGAAACUACAAAAACAGUUUCGGGACUCACUAGAAUUUACUGUUGUUGUUCAUGCUAUUCAAAGCAAUCAUCAGAUUUCCACCUACAAACUUCUACCAGUCCCUGAGAAAUACAGCCAAGAUAAAGAACAAGUGGGCAGCAAGUGGAAAGUACUUAAAGACAAGUGGAGAGCACUUAAACAGGCAGAAGCAGCAAAAAAAAUGGAGAUCACCACAGACUCAAGGCAUAUACAUAGUGAUAUUAGAAUUUUUGUGGAUGAGGCUGAAGAGCUGAAGAUGCCAGAUGUCCAAAAGCCAACUGCACGUUAUAUAGAAAUGAAACGUGAGAAAAUCAGAAGAAUUGUUGAGAAAUCUGACAAAAUUAAAGCCAAGCUCAUAAAGAGGAAGGCACAGUGGGAUGAACUAUACAAGAGCAAACCUCGCAAUGACUAUGAGAAUCCCAGAGAUGCUGAGGAGAUCAGAGAAGAACGGGAGAAUAUGGGAUGUUAUCAGCUCAAGACUGCCUCUGACUACAAACUCCCUGAACACAAGUAUGUGAACACUGAGAAGAAGAUGAUGCAGCUUGCAUCACUGAAAGAGUUGAUCCAUAGGAAGAAAGCAAAUAUGAACAAAGAGAUCGUAUCUUUGCGGGACCUCAAGGUUUCUAUUAUUGAUGAAAUCAAGUGUUUAGUGAAGGAGUUGAAAUCCAUACAGGCAACCUUGGAUUUGUCAGAACGUCUCCCUCUUCCCCUGAUCCCUCGGCUACACCCAGAUGAGGUUCCUGAAAAAAAAUUUGAGUGCAACAGUGACAUCCUCCAGAGGUUCAAAGAGGAGCUGGCCAAGGCAAAGCCCCAGGAACAGUUGGAAGGGUCUGCCUCGUUUCGUGCAUUUAGACGUGGAUUUAUUCCAGCUCCUUCAGUGGAGGAGACUGACCCCAUGGCACAGGCUGCAGAUACACACCCGGUGAACACAGCAUCAUCUGUGGGCACAGAGCAGCAGAAGGUGUUUGAGAUUGAGAAAGCAGAGCCAACAGAAAUAGAACUGGAAAUUUUAAAGAGGGAGAAGAUAAAAAAUCUAUACUUCCAGGAGACCUUGAUUAAAAAGAUCAACAUGCUGGUGAUCAACUUUGAUGCUGAACUUCGCCUUUUGCGGCACAAGAAGAUGAAGAUGGAUGUGCAGAUGAAAAAUGCCGACCUGCGCUGCAUCACAUGCUGUGAAGAGCUGCUUAUCCUGAAGAAACUUGAGAAACAUGAGGACUUUCUCCAGGAGCAAAUUUACGCCCUCAUCAGUGAAGAGGAGGCCAUACAACUGGAAUUGAAGAGCUGCCUUGCACAAAUGGAGGAUAAAAAGUGUGAGAUUUUAAAGCUUCGGGAAUGUAAGAAAGCUCUUUAUGCAAACUUCCAAGCAUCCCUUGGAGAAGACAAUGAAUUUUCCCAUUUUCUGACCAAGGUUCUGAAGAAGAAAAUCGAGUGUGUGGAAAAAAAAGAAGUAGAAGGAGAAGCAGAUGAAGAAGAUGAGAGUGAAGGGGAGGAUGAUGAAGAGUCUGACUUGAAACCUGAUGAAGAAAAUUCUGGAUCUGAAGAUGAAGUCUUUGAUGACUCUGUUUGCCCGGAUGGCUGCGAUGAGGCACUCUUCCUAAACACCCUCCAGCUCCGGCAGCAGCGGUUAGACAUUGAGAAAGCUUUAGCAGAGGAGAAGAAAAUUGCUGCUGGUCUCAGAAAGAAAUAUAAUGCCUUGGCUGAAAAGGCAAAAGAAGUGGAAACCAGUCUGGACACAACAAAGAGGGAUCUGGAGAUCUUUCAGUGGGAAAAGCUGCAGAAACUGAAUGAGCUAAAUGUAGUUGUGCCUUUGAAACUCCAUCAGGUGCAGUGCUUAGUUGAUGGGGAGAUGCCCAGUGACUUCUCCCAGGCUUUGGUAUUUACCAGUCAGUCCUUGGAGUACCUGCAGAAGAGAGUUGUGGACUUACGUAAUGAGAAGACAGUGCAAAGGGAGCAUUAUAAGAAGGCCCGGGAGAAACACAGGCAGCUUGUCCAGGACAAAAAGGAGAUGGAGAAAGAGAUUCGACGACUGGAAGAGAAGUGCAAUCAGCUGAUGAUGGAGAAGUUCGGUCGGCUGGUUGAUUUUGAAGCAGUUCAAGCACACUCUGUUAACAUACCCAUGGAGGACAUGAAAGUGAAAAUAAUGGAGAAAGAAUAUAAGCAUUACCUGGAGCUUAAAAAAUGGGAGGAAAGAAUCUUAGAACUGCAGCAGAUGCUAAUGAAGGUGACAAAGGAAAACACCACCAAGCUGCUGCAGCUGGACGAGUUUUGCCAGGAAAAGCAUCAACUUGAAACUAAGCUGGAUUCACUACCAAAUGAUCUGGGAGCAGAAUUUCAGGGCACCCAAACUACAGACAUGAAAGAGAGAGACAGGCUGGGGUCACGGCUCAUGCGCACGGCUGAUGACAUAGCCCGCCUGAGAGAGGAGAUCAAUCUGGUCAGAAGAGGAGUGUGUUCCCGGAACGAACCUUCCUGUAGGGGACAGGAGAAGACCUUUUGUGAAGCCCUCCCUGCAAGAGGGUGCUCGAACUUGGUGGUGGCAGCUCUGUUUGGACCCGUGUCCAGCAAUGUCUCUUGUUCAGCUGCUGCAAUCCUGUGCUCUGAUGAACAGCCAGGGCCACGGAGAGCUGCUGCUUUGUUUCCUGGGUCCUCCUGUGACCUUGCUGAGGAUGCCUUCUGUCUCCAUAGCAUUAUAAAAGGCACAUAUACAUCUAUAUACAAGUGCAUAAAUAUAUAAAUA